AUGCGAUCCGCUCUCCUCGCCACUCUGGCCUCUUUGGCUACCAUCAAGGGAGUCCAUGCCCAUCCCGCAUCCCAGGUCUCCCGCACGCUCAGUCGACGAGGUGUUGAUUUGGAUGCCUUCCGUAUGGUCGUCAAGACCGAAUACAAGAAUGCCACGGAGGUUGACUUGGAUCCCACUAUUCCUACACUAAGGGCACGCGCAACUGCGGAGGAAACUGCCACAGAACUGGUCCAGACUACAGCUCCUGGUGCCACGUUCCGUCUCGUCAAUGACCAUUAUGUUGGUACCAACGGCGUCGCUCACUAUUACUUCAAGCAAACCGCCAAUGGACUUGACAUUGAUAACGCUGAUUUCAAUGUUAACAUUGGUCGGAAUGGAAAGGUGUUCUCCUUUGGUAACUCGUUCUUCAAAGGCGACAUCCCUUCACUACCUACAGUUGGCAAGCGGGAUACUACCGAUCCAGCCGACGCCCUCAAGUCGGCUGUAAACAUCCUACAGCUUCCGAUCUCCGCUGGUUCCGCAACUGCUGAGCCUAAAGCCGAGGCAGACACCUUCGCUAUCAAGCAAACUACUGGAAGUUUGAACGAACCCGAGGCACGACUGGUGUACGUUCAGGCUGCGGAUGGAAGUCUCAAGCUUACUUGGCGAAUCGAGACGGACAUCGCAAGCAAUUGGCUCCUGACAUACGUUGAUGCUACGAGUGGAAAAGAGGUACACGCUGUCGUUGACUAUGCCGCAGACGAUAGCUAUCAAGUUUACCCAUGGGGUAUCAACGACCCUACUGAAGGACAACGUGUCUACGUCGAAGACCCUUUCGACUCCAGUGCCAGUGAAUUUGGCUGGAAUUCAGAUGGCACCGAUUGGUUCAAGACCACCCGUGGUAAUAACGCAGCGGCCCAAACCAACUGGGAGAACAAGCAGACCGACCUCCUUAGCCUGCCUCGCCCAGUCGCUCGGGAUCUCAAGUUUCACUACCCAUACUCGCUGAACGAGACGGACUACCAUAAGUACGCAAAUGCCUCGGUUACUCAGCUGUUCUACACCGGAAACACGUACCAUGAUCUCCUUCACACACUAGGAUUCAACGAGCAAGCAGGCAACUUUGAAAUCAACAACAACGGCGGAGGUGGUGUUGGUAACGACUUUGUCUACCUGAACGCACAGGACGGCUCAGGCGUCAACAACGCCAACUUUGCAACCCCCCCUGAUGGUCAGGCUGCUCGCAUGAGGAUGUACAUCUGGACCAGCACUGUGCCUGUCCGAGACUGCUCUUUCGAAGCUGGUGUUGUCAUUCAUGAGUACACACACGGGCUGUCCAACCGUCUCACCGGUGGGCCAAAGAACUCAGGCUGCUUGAGCAUGCUCGAAUCUGGUGGUAUGGGUGAAGGCUGGAGUGACUUUUACGCCACUGCGAUCCGUCUCAAGAAGAGUGACACCCGCAAGACUGAUUACGCCCUGGGUGCAUGGGUGAGCGGUAACCCAGCUGGUAUCAGGAACUACCUCUACUCUACCAGCAUGACCACCAACCCUCAGACUUACCAAAGCGUCGAGUUGUACUCCAGGGUUCACCCCAUCGGCGGUAUCUGGGCGUCUAUGCUCUACGAAGUGCUUUGGAACUUGAUUGAUAAGCACGGAAAGAACGACGGCCCCAAACCAGACUUUGACGAGAACGAUGUCCCAACUGAUGGGCGUUACCUGGCGAUGAAAAUUGUCAUGGAUGGCAUGAGCCUCCAGCCUUGCAACCCCAACUUCGUUCAGGCACGUGAUGCUAUUAUCGACGCUGACUGGCUUCUCACGGGUGGUGCCAAUGCCUGCCCGCUCUGGACUGCCUUCGCAAAGAGAGGCUUGGGUGAAGGAGCAAGGUACCAAGUCACUGGCCGUUUGGACAGCUUCAAGAUUCCUAACGAUGCCUGCUGA